CGGGACAUCGACGACAAGGGCUUGCGGAACAUGGACUGGUGGGGGUCUCAGGCGGCCGCCCUGUCCACGGAGGACCUCUUCAUUGACCAGUGCGGCACGCUGACCGAAGUGCCGACGGCCCUCACGCACGCGGUCAACGAAGCCCGGGAGGCGGUGGUGGGUCACAUUUUCUGGAGCUUCGGCGACGCGGACUCCUUGCUGGGCUGGCACUUUCUGCUCUGCUUCGAUCGGCUCCUGUUCGGGGAGUUGCGCCGCGACGCGGAGGACAGCACCAAGACCGUCCGCGAGAGGGUGGCCGAGCGGUUGGACAUGUUUUGGGCGGGGGAGUGGGACCAGCUCAUGUGCCUCACGUCGGCGCGGGUCAAAACACGCUCCGCCCAGAAAGGCUUGUCCAAGACCGCCCAGCGCAUCCGGUACCUCUUGCACAAGGGCGAGCUGGGGAGGGCGUGCCAGGCAGCUUGGGGUACGGUCAAGACCCGGGACGUGGGCACCACACGCCAGGCAUUUCUCACACAGCAGGGCUUGGGCGAGAACGCCCGUCUAAACCGUGCGCGCUCCCUGGCAGCCGACGUGUCCACGCACCUCAUGGGGAACUGGUCGCGAGUGCCGCGGGGGGCCGGCUCGGGCCCACUGGGUGAUCGUUUUGAACAUUGGCUGCCUCUAGCCCACGCGGGCAUGAGCGGCGAGAACACCGCGCAGGUGCUGGGGGACCUGUGCAUCGGGAGCGUGCCGAGCGAGGCGAAGGACCUCCUGCUUGCAGGGCGCUUGCUGGGCAUCGCCAAUCGGGACGCGGGCACGAGAGCGGUGGCAUCUGGUACGGUCCCACGCCGAGUGAUCGGCCAGGCCGUGUGCGCCACGCGGAAGGCGGAGAUCCGCAGCGCUGUCGGGCCCUACCAGCAUGGCGUCCUGGAGCCGGGCGGGGCCGAAGCCUUACAGAAAACGAUCACCGCCCACGCAGAGUCGCGCCCCGACUGGGCUUUCAUCAGCGCGGGCGUCCGGUCAGCUUUCCGCCGCCUCCGCCGCAGGCGCCUUUUCCGGGCCCUCCGCACGCAGCGCCCUGACCUGGAGUUGCUCGCCCGGUCAAUCUACGACCGGGGAGGGGUGCACGCGGUCGCAGGGGAGGGCGAGGCCAGCUCCACGGUCGUCCAGUGGCUGGGCCUGGACGAGGGUUGCCCACUUUCCCUGGCGCUGUGGGGCGUCUUCUUGGCGGGCCCCCUAGACGAGCUGAACGCCCAGUUGCGCACGUUGCACGUCGAGGCCAAGGCGGUCGCCUUUUUGGAUGACGUCUACCUGCGGGUGCCCCGCGCGUGCGCCUCCACAGCCCUCCGGCUCGCGACGGAGCUCCUCGCGAACACGGGCUUCGAGGUUCACGUUGGGGAGACCAAGGCUUUCGCGCUGCUGCGCAACUUCGUGAACGGCUCCACCACCUACGCCCAGAGAGCACGACCAGGAGCCCCCGAGACGUGGAGGCUUACGACGACUGGGUCGUCCAUUCCGUGGGCGACGUCGCGGGCUGUGCAGUUUUUGCCGGUCAGAGAAGGAGGGGGCGGCUUCUCUUCUGCCGAGCAGCGCGCCGACCCGGCCACCCUGGGUUCCUGGUCAACCGCGUGGCGGGCAGUCCUCGCCGCGCAGGGCUUGUCCACGCUGGACGAGAGCGAGCGCGCCGCCCCAGGCUUCCACGCGGUGCCUGCGCAGGCCCGCCAGCGCACGGGCACCCGCAGGUGUGCCGGCGGAGGGCCCUCCCAGCGCUACCUGACGCGGUCGGCCCAGGCCCGGGGUCGCCGGCAGCCAGGGCAGGCGAUCGACCCGGAGGGCGCGAGCCUUCUGCGCAGCCAGGGGGCGGAAGGGGGCGCGUGGCUACAAGUGCCUCGCCGCGACGAGCACACGCUGGCCGACGACGAGUUUUGCGCGGCCUACCGCCGCCGCUUGCUCUUCGAGGACCCAGCGCGGCAGGGCGGGGCGCCGUGCCAACGCCGCUCACGCCAGACGGGCCACCCGUGCGCAUUGGUGGCGCGCCAGCGCUACGGGAGCCACGCCUGCUGCUGCGACAAGGGCCCGGGCUUCUGUAGCAGGGGCAACAGAUGCCGCGACGCGCUGGCAGCGCGGUGCAAACGAGAGUGGGGAGAGGAAGAGGCACUCACCGAGCAAGCGUGCCCAAGAUGGAACCGCGUGCGCGCAGGCGGCACCAUGGAGAGGGCAGACCUCGACGUGGUGUUGCCGCACGACCCCGUCAGCUCCGGCCCCCUCGCCAUCGACGUGAGCGCGGUCGAGGUCACCACACCAGACCCGGGCUUGGCAGCGGCCAGGUCUCGGCGCGACGGCCAAGCGGCCGCCGAUCGGGAGCGAACAAAACACCAGCGCUACCCGGGAGGCGGACUGCUGGCCGCUGCGCUCGAGACAGGCGGGCGGUGGGGCUCGGAGUUCCGCCGCUGGGCCAAGGCUGCGGCGCCCGAAGGCCUCCGGCGCGCGGAGGCGCUGGCCGACCUGCGCCAGAGCUUGGCCGCGGCCCUGCAGCGCGGGGUAGCCGCGCAGCUGCUCGCCGGCGCGGCCGGCCCCCCGCGCCCCCGGCACUAG